AACUCCCAAGAUUAUUUGCCCUUUGUCUUUCUGCCAGGGUGGAUAGGGAAGGACAAUCAGGUGGGGGUGGAGCUAGGCGUGUCUGAGCUCAGACUCUCCUAGGGCAGGUCUUGCUGAGGCUGCUGUAGGGAAUGGGGGUGAGAUUCCCAGGUCACUGGAGUUCUGUACCUAGUAGAGUUGUGGCUGCCUCUGCUGAGUCAUGCAGGUUGUCAGGGGGAAGUGGAGGAAAGCCAGCAGUCACAGGCCUUACCCAGCUCCCACACAAACCGAAGGGCCGGUCUUACUCCCACCGUGUCCCCCAACAACUGCCCUGAGUCUGUUUCCAGGCAGAGGGUGAGACUGGCCUGAAAAUUUGCCCGAGGCUGUUCGCCUCCCAGCUGCAAAAGAAAAGGGCUGCAGUUCUUGCCCCACCUGUGAAGUCUGCAUGCCGGAUUCGUGCCCUUCCCUGAGUUCUGGCCAGGAGCCUUCUUGCCCUGUUUAAAUUAUUAGAGUUCGACUAGAAAUUUUGAAUUCCUUCUCCCUGUGGAGUUUUACCCCCUGCUCCUCUGGCCAACCUCCCUCUGGAUCCCUGUGGUGUCAGGCAGGAAUGGGCUGCCUGGGGACCCAGCAAGCUCCCACUGCCUUUCUGCUGCUUCCUCUUCCCCUGUAUUUCGCUCGCCUGAGUCUGACUUAGCUCCAGGUAAAGUCAGAAAUUUCUUCUGCAAACAGACCUUCAGCCUCUCCAGUGCGGGGGUGUGUUUUGGAGAGGAGGGUCUCCCUUUCCCACUUCCACAGUUGGGGCACUCACAGUAUUUGGGGGUCUCCCAGGCCCUGCAGGAGCAAUCUGCUUCCUUCACAGGGUCUGUGAGCCCUCUCAGGAUUGCUGGCUUGUUCUUGCAGUUGAUCUGGAGCUAAAAUUCACAAUGUCCUCAGCCAGCAGAGCCAUGUUCCUCAAGAGCACCACGGGUUUAUUUCAUUUUCCUACAUCACUGACCCGAAUAUGCCGGGCGCCAUGGGGACUCCGGCUUUGGGAGAAGCUGACGUUGUUAUCCCCAGGAAUAGCUGUCACUCUGGUCCAGAUGGCAGGCAAGAAGGACUACCCUGCACUGCUUUCCUUGGAUGAGAAUGAGCUCGAAGAGCAGUUUGUGAAAGGACACGGUCCAGGGGGCCAGGCAACUAACAAAACCAGCAACUGUGUGGUGCUGAAGCACAUCCCCUCGGGCAUCGUUGUAAAGUGCCAUCAGACAAGAUCAGUUGAUCAGAACAGAAAGCUAGCUCGGAAAAUCCUACAAGAGAAAGUAGAUGUUUUCUACAAUGGUGAAAACAGUCCUGUUCACAAAGAAAAACAAGAAGCAGCGAAGAAAAAACAAGAAAGGAAAAAAAGAGCAAAGGAGACCCUGGAAAAAAAGAAGCUACUGAAAGAACUGUGGGAGUCAAGUAAAAAGGUCCACUGAGAAAA